AAACCUUAAAAAAUGGACGAGUUGUAUCUUUCCGAGACUUUGCAAAGAUAUUUUUCGGAUGUUUUUCUAUGUUGUGAUGAGGAAAAAUCUGGUAAAGCCACUUUAUCAAAAACUGUCGAACUUAUAAAAUCUGGAAAUGUACCAGAGGACGUAAUUACACAGAUUGCAGAUAUUUGUUGGAACCAAUGCACAAACUAUCUAAAUAGGAAACAAUUUUUUUCUGCUCUGAAAUUGGUAGCAGCUUACCAGGCCAAUAUACCUAUUAGAAGUGAAGUAGUUACUUCAAAAAUUGAUCUCCCACUUCCUCGCUUUACAUGGACCAAUAUAGAAAGAGAAAGCCCUAUUCCUGACUUGAUAGAAUUGCGACAGGAUGUAAAUGAUUAUACAGAACAGGUUGACACAACAAGUACAGAUUCGGAAGUGGAUAGUGAAACUGUAAGGAAUGGAUCGCCAGAUGCUUCCAGUACUGCUUCAGAUAGUCCCACGCCAACCAAUAGUGUGCAGGAUAGAAGUUGGGCAGUUACUGGUGCUUGGCAAGGCCUCGUCUCUGAAGAGCAAAGGCAAUUGCUUGGUACAGAAGAAGAAUCGUCAGAUAAACACAGUAGCGAAGAAGACACUGAAGUGUCAAACGAAGUGUGGACAAUAACUUCUGAACAACGCGAAUACUAUACAAAUCAAUUCAGAUCCCUCCAACCUGAUACGAAUGCCUUAUUAGCCGGACCUGUAGCAAGAAUGUUUUUUGAAAAGUCACGCCUGCCUGUCCACGAACUACGCAAAAUUUGGCAACUCGCCGAUGUUACCAAAGACGGUGCGUUGUCUUUACAGGAAUUUAAUACUGCGAUGCACCUUGUGGUGUUGCGAAGAAAUCACAUUGAACUGCCAGAUGUUUUACCGCCAACGUUAAUGCCAGGAAAUGAAACCCCUGUGUCGGUCAGUCCAGAAACAGAACCUAUCUUAUCGCCGCAAACCAAGGAUACUGCAAAAGAAUGGACAAAGUUUGUCGAUAGUCCUACAAGUUCUAUUUCAUCGCCAGGUCCUAAACCAGUCAAUUUUGAUUUUCAGAAAAUCACUUUAGAUAAGGAUUCCAAAAUUCUGCACCCAGUACCAUUACGCCUUACGCCAGAAGUAGCUAAUAGCCAGACUGAGGAACAGAGUGAUAAUAUCGAUCUGCAUAGCCCGAAAAAAUUCAUAGAUGCCACAAAUCCAAUGCAAAUAUCUCAAAACAUACAAAAUUUAUCAGUAGGGGCACAAAAUAGUGCUAUACAGCGCCCCCAACCAAAGAAAAUUAAUAUACCUGGACCAGGAGCCAUACCGCCCCCUCCAACAAAUCAGAGUAAUAACGAGGAAGGCCCUGUAAGUCUCCCGGCGUUUCCACCACCAAAAAAGGAAAAACCUCCUCCCCCGCCACCACGGCCUUUCAAAACUCACGGGCGUAGCUCCUCUUUGGAUUUAAAUAGGUUAACUAAGUUAGGCGCUCCACCCACGGUUCCACCUAGGGUUAGUCCCAAUAUCCAAAACUCCAAAAAACUUAUUAAUCAAAGAUCUGAAGGAGACUGUGUAUCUCACGAAACUGACACUCCUUUCGCAAACUUCGACCAAUUCGAGAAAUACGAAAACGUUUCCGAAGGUAUAUUCCCUGGUGAUGUAUACGAGGCAGAGAGAAAAAAAUUAUUUGCACAGUUUUGUGCUGUUGAAGCUAACGAGGAGGUGCCUAGGAAGCAUGGGGCGUUUGAAAUUUAUAGGAAGCCUGCAAAAGGCAGAGAUAGUCCGGUAACACUGGAGGAUAAGGCAAAAUGGCAAUUAUUUAAGCAAUUACAAGAAGAAAACACAGUACUGUUAAGGAUCUGCCAAGAAUUGAGUCAGGAAUUGGCCGAUUUGAAGGAAGAAAAGUUGACGCUGAAAGUUAGGUUAGAAAAACAAAUGAAUGGUGGAUAGUUGCGGAAAAGGUCAAAUAGUGAUCUUGAGUGUAAUUGUUUAAUUCCCCUCUUUUUCUCAGUACUGAUAACUUCUUAAGAGAUCUAAUUAGUGUACUUUGAAUCAAGCUUGAUUCAACAUUUUUUUUAAGUAAGUUUUGUCUCAGUGUUAAAUAAGCAUUGAAUUGGUGCCUCCUACUUUACUUAAACAUUAAUUAGCAUGCCUUUGUUUUAGAUUGUAUCAUUUGCUGUUCAAAUAAAUGUUUCAAAUUGUACAUGCAGUUACAUAAUAUAAAUAACUUAAUAUUAAAGGUGAGGUGUGCUCCCGAUACCAAUUUAGCGUUAUUAGGAUAUGUUAUAUUUGAAUCUCUCAAAAAAAAAAAAUUCCAAAUUUACCUUAACUUUGCGAAUAAUGUCACUAAUUCAGUAGCCAAGAAAGACGAUUGACUUGUAUUUAUUAAAAAAAAAACAGUUGCAGUGCAAUAAGAAUUAAAAGAAAUUUACAAAAUGUGGUGACAAGUAAACGUUUCGAUGGUAGAGUUUGCUUAUGAUUUAGUAAUUCGUAACAUUUCUUUUGGCCUUUAUACAGGGUGUUCCUAAAUAAGUGUCACAACGAAA